UCUACCUGAACGUCGAGAGCACCCACCACAAGCCGGAACACCCGCCAAAAUCUGCGCACCAUGUCGGAGCAGACAAAGUACAACCCGCCGGACCCGAUCCUCCUCACGCUCUUCGCGAACCGCUUUAUGAGCGUCGCGGAGGCGAUGGGCCGCUCCCUCCAGCAGACCGCCAUCAGCACGAAUAUCAAGGAGCGACUUGACUUCUCGUGCGCACUGUUUGCGCCCGAUGGCGACCUUGUCGCGAAUGCGCCGUUCAUCCCGAUUCAUUUGGGGUCUAUGAGUUUCGCGGUCAAGUACCAGAUGCAGCUUCACGGAAAGACACUGAAGCCUGGGGACGUCCUAAUGACCAACUCCCCGCACGCAGGCGGCUCGCACUUGCCCGACAUCACGAUCAUUUCGCCGGUAUUCGACGCGCAGGCGGAGAAGAUCAUCUUCUUCACCGCGUCGCGCGGGCACCACGCGGACAUCGGCGGCAUCCUACCCGGGUCGAUGCCGCCGACGUCGACGACGAUCUUCGAGGAGGGCGCGCACAUCUUUAGCUUCAAACUCGUCAGCGAGGGCGUGUUUGACCAUGACGGCCUCGUGGACUACAUGGUCACGAAGCCCGCGCAGUACCCCGGCAGCUCGGGGUGCAGGAACCUCAGGGACGUGGAGAGCGACUUGAAGGCGCAAGUUGCGGCGAACCAUAAGGGCAUCCAGCUUAUCCAGCAGAUCGUGGAUGAUUAUGGCCUGGAGACCGUGCAGGAAUACAUGUACCACAUUCGUGCAAAUGCUGAAUCCUCGGUCCGCAACCUGCUUCGCGACGUUGCCAAACGCGCGGGCACGAAUGUACUCGAGGCGGUCGACUACCUUGACGAUGGCUCUCCGAUCAAGCUGAAAGUUGAUAUCGAUGAGAAGACCGGCUCUGCUGUACUCGACUUCGAAGGAACCGGCUGCGAAGUCCGUGGUAAUUUGAACGCCCCAAUCUCCGUCGUUCACUCUGCCGUCAUAUACUGUAUGCGUGCGAUGCUCGACAUGGACAUCCCUCUCAACGCUGGGUGCCUCGUGCCCAUUACUGUGAAGAUUCCCGACGGCUCCCUACUCCAACCUUCGCGUACCGCCGCCGUCUGCGGUGGGAAUGUGCUCACAUCCCAACGCAUCGUCGAUGUCGUGCUCAAGGCGUUCCAUGCUUGUGCUGCGAGUCAGGGUUGCACGAACAACCUGACGUUUGGCGCGGGCGGCAAGGACAAGGACGGCAACAACAUCACUGGAUGGGGGUACUACGAGACGAUCGCGGGUGGUUCUGGCGCCGGCCCUGGCUGGCACGGUACAGACGGCGUGCACACGCACAUUACGAACACGCGCAUCGGCGACGUCGAGAUCCUGGAGCGCCGUUACCCGCUCAUCGUGCACCAAUUCGGGAUCCGCGAGGGCUCUGGCGGGAAGGGCCAGUGGCGCGGGGGCGAUGGCGUCGUGCGCGACAUCGAGUUCCUAGAGCCCCUGCAGGUAUCCAUACUUUCCGAAAGACGAACCAGGCAACCCUACGGCGUCGAGGGCGGCGAGCCCGGCGCACUCGGACGCAACACAUGGGUCAAGCAGCUGCGUGAAUCGGAUGGGGACGCGCCGGAGGACUCGAGCAAGCCACUGAAACCGCGCAACAUCAACAUCGGGGGCAAGGCGACAGUCUUCAUGGGCAAGGGCGACCACCUGCUUAUCGAGACUCCGGGCGCAGGUGCGUGGGGCGCUCCCUCCGACGAAAAUAACGGGACGGACGCACAUAGCCAUGAGCAUGUCCGAGCAUGGGCCCCGAGAGGUAGUUUGGCAGAGAGGGAGGCAGCGCAGGCAGGAUUUUAAACGAAGCCAAGAAAGGACGGCCUGGAGAGGAUCGGAAAGAAGGUGUAUGAGAUACGCAUGAAGCAAUAUGUACUGAUAGCUUGCAAACAGCCGUUUCCUAAUAGCCC